AUGUCGAAAAUCGCAACAGCUAUACGUCCGAUACGCCAAGUGUCUACUCCCGCUCUGGUAGGCGCUGCUGCAGCUGCUGGAAUAUGCAUCUCGUUAUACUCUCAAUUGAUGAGCACUGCUCAUGCUGACUCUGGCGAGCCGACAAAAUUCUUCGCGGGGCCGGUAUUUUCAUCCCUACCUCUAGCAAGCUCCGAAUCUGUCAACCACAACACCAAGCUUUUGCGGUUUCGCUUGCCAAACGGCACUGUCAGUGGCCUCCCUACAACAUCUGCCGUCCUUACACUCUCAUGGCCGAAAGGCAGCUGGACGCCAGUCAUAAGACCUUAUACGCCAAUCAACUCACCAGAUGAACCAGAAUCUUUAGAAUUACUGGUCAAGCAUUACCCCAACGGUAAAGCCAGCACGCAUCUUCAUUCCCUUGCACCUGGGGAUUCACUCUUCUUCAUCGCCAAAAUUCCCGGCUUCGCCUAUAAGCCAAACCAGUUUGCCCAUGUCACGUUGAUAGCAGGUGGUGCCGGCAUCACGCCCAUUUACCAACUUGCUUCCAGCAUACUGCGGGAUACAAACGACAAGACGAAGAUUGAUCUUGUGUUCGGUGUCAACUCCGAUGCAGAUGUGCUCAUGAAAGAUGAGUUUGAAACCUGGGAAAAGGAAUUUCCAGGUCGGUUCAAGGCGAACUAUAUUGUCAGCAGACCCGUAGAGGGUUCGCCAUACGCAAAGGGUUAUGUGACAAAGGACCUGCUGGGCGUCGUUGCUGAGCCUGUUACGGCGGACUCGAAGGUGUUCGUGUGCGGGCCGCCGGCGAUGGAGACAGCGCUGGUAGGGUCUUGGAAACAAAAGGGCAUUCUUCAGGAGUUGGGAUAUAGGAAAGACCAGGUGCACAAGUUUUGA